AUGGGUUCCAGUGUUAAGAGAGCACUUAACUUCCUGUUUUCUUCUAAACAAUCAUACAGUGAUCCUAAUGACGAAAGCAUGCCCAGGCUCGGAUCGCUCAUAGUACAGCGUGUAGGAGUUUUCACCACUACACAUGCCAGCUCUGCCCAGGAGGAAGAGAAUCUGGCAUUAGGAGGACAGACUGUACAGUCAUCCACAGCGAUUUAUGGUGAAGCAGAAAGGGCUAUUGACACUUCACCUUUAACCUGCACCCAUACUGCAAUCACAACUAGUAACCCUUGGUGGAGAUUGGAUCUUCUGGAUUCUUACUACAUCUCUAGAGUUUUCAUCACUAACAGACCAGACUGCUGUGGGUAUCGACUUGACGGAGCAGAAAUCCGUAUCGGAAACUCUUUGGAGAACAAUGGCAACGAUAAUCCCAGAUGUGCUGUGCUGUAUGGUGUGGCAACGGGUCAGUCCGUAUCUGUGUCCUGUGGUGACAUGAAUGGACGAUACGUGAACUUCAUUAUACCUGGAAGUUCGAAAAUUCUCACCCUUUGUGAUGUACAGGUGUAUAGUACAAAAGUCAAAAAAGGGGUUAUGAGGAUAAACUUUACCUCCAGUCUCGAGAUGUCCAAUCCAGCAGAGAGUAACAAAGUUCUUAAUGAGAUGAAGACCACUCUGAUUUCUGAAGGAUUCUCUGUUUUCACAUUGACCUGGACAAAACUCCCUCAGGAGGUCAAACCGGAGACUAAGCUGGGUCCAUGUACUAAUGAUACUUUCUGAAUGAACAGACUGUCUUUGGAGAAGGAAAGAAAUUAUUUUUUAUUAAAACAGGCAAAGAUCUCUGUACAUUUUAAUGAAGCGAUAAAGAAAGUUUUUCUAUAAUUAAAGCAAAGUCAAAAGGCACAACACCACCUAACAGUUAACUUUUACAUUUUCAACAAAGUUUGUCUGUUGUUGCAUCGGUUGUGAUGUUUGUGUGAGCUGCGGGAUGAUCAAUAUUGAGCCCAGUUGUACUAUUAAAUGUUGGUUUAAGAGACACCUCUGCAUUUAUAACAAGUAUGUUUAUAGUUUCAGUGGUCAGUUUUUGCAUAGUAGAUACCUCUGAUUUUGUAUGUGCUUUUACUGCUUUUGGGACAAAAGGUAUGGUGCAUUCAACACAGCUUAACCUCUAAAAAUCCUGGGAUUUCCUAUAAAAUCAUUACCAUCAAUUUAAUCAUUAACAAUUCCAAAAAUCUUUAUACAAAUUAAGUGAUCAUUAAAUAUUAUCAAAAGAGAUUUACUUACUUUAGCUCUCCUGCUGUCCUGAUCCUAAAUGACCACAAAUCAAAGUUUCUAAACAAAGCAGAGCAAAAAUGCAAGCUGGAAAAAGUCUCAGUUUCUACUGUAACCUCUGUUCCCUAAGAUAGGGAACGAGAUGCUGCAUCAUGAAAUGACACUUUGGGAACACCACCAGCAUUCGUGCAUCUGAAUAAUUUAUAAAACUAGUCCGUCUUAUAGGUGAUACCGUAAGGCAUAAAAGGGAAUUGC